AUGCUUCCUUUGGCGUGGAUUGGGGACAUGGAAGGAAAACAACUGCCAAGCCAAGCACUUCUAAGGGAUCGUUACGGAAACAUGUGGGCUGUGGAGCUUGGUAAUGAUGAGGGAAAAACAUAUUUUCUUGCGGGCUGGCCAGGAUUUGUCAAACAAAACUACUUAGAAAUGGGAGACUUGUUAAUUUUCAAGUAUGAUGGAGGACAUUUUUUCGAUGUGAAAAUAUGUGGACACGAUUCUUGUGAUAAGAGAGGAGUUGGACGUCUUAUCUACAAAAUAAAGUUAGAGCAAGAAGAAGAAGAACCAACAGAUGGUAAUGCCCAAGAAGAAACACUAGGGAUCGACAUAUUGGAUGACGUAAACCAAAAUGUUUCAACUCAGCCUAUGAACUCCCCCUGUAGCUCAGAAAUCAUCAGAGGAGAAGGUGCAGAAAACGGUCCUCGUCGUUGGAAGACGAAGAGACUAGUCGAUCCCUUCGGUGAUGAUAUUUUCUCAUCAGGAAUUGUUCCCAAACCUGAGAAUCCCCAUUUUGUUGCUAAAGUGAAUAAGCGGAGGCAAUAUGGAUUGUUUGUUCCGAGUGAAAUUAUAAAAGUCUACAGCCUUGAACUUCCAGAAGAGACCUUCUUGCGUGAUCCUCAAGGGAAGGAGUGGAAGACGAGUCUCAGCAUUUGGGAUGAUGGCCGAUCUCAUUAUUGUGGUGGAUGGAAGGCUCUUUGCAGGACGAACCUGAUUGGAAAGGAUGACUUAUGCAUUUGUGAAUUUAAGACCUGUGAAGAGAGAGGUCUUUACAUACAGGUGCAUCUCGUGCCGCGUCAAGCUUGAUUGGAAUGAAUUCAUCCCUCCCGAAUUUAACAUUUAAGAUAUUCAUGAAUGUUCAACUUCUUUGAAUUUGAGAUUUUUCAUUUGGUCUAAAUUGAUUUUGAACAAUCUUUUGUAGUUGACAAAG